CAGCUGUUUAUCAACAACAACAAAGACUCGUGCGACGGCGAUCGCGCGGUCGUGCCGUGGGCCGAGAUAGGUUUCGGUAUAUAGUAAUAAUAAUAUUGCCAUUUACCAUUUUCCAUUAUUAUUAUUACAACAGUUCCGAACGCGCUGCCGUACUAGUGUCCUACGUUUCGCCGAUCUCGCCAGUGCUCACGCGCCCGACCGACUGUGCUCCACACGCAAUAUUUUAAUAUUAAUUAUUAUUGUGUUUGAUUUAUUUUCCGUUUAUUAUUUAUCUUUUGCCGACGUCGUUGUCUCGUCUCGCGCACGUCCCAUGAAACGAACGGCACUGCCGUCGCUGUCUACCGUCCACUCCGCCGCCGCGCAACAUCCGCCGCGUUUUUGAGGAUCGCCAUCCUCUGUAGCGCCGCGGGGACGACGGACACCAUGAACCGCUGUCCAGUGAUGAACCCGCAGUACGACGUCGAGCGGCGGUCCCGGUGUCCGGCGGCGGCGAUGACCAAGCCGUCGCCCGACACCAACGAUCUGCACGCUUGUGAACGAAUCGUCGUCACGUUCGUACAGCUCAAGAACUACCUGGGCUCGUAUUGGCUGGUCCCGUGGUUUUUCGUCUACAUCUACCCCAGCAUACUUGUCUACGAAUCUUACGGUUUUAUUGGUCCUUUUGUUUAUUGCAAUAUUGUUCAGAUAUUAUUUUUUGUUGUAUUUGAAUUUUGGGAUGAAAGUUUUAAUUGGACACCAUUACAUGAUACCAUAAAAACAUAUUCAUCACAAAUUCUUGGACAUCAAUACAUAACAAAAAGUGUUGAUGAAAUGAUUUUGUUUUGUAUUUGGGUUUUAUCUUGGGCUGCAGUCCCUUCUAUAUGUUAUGCAAAUGAACAUAUAUUUGAAUUACCCAUUGACCGUUUGGAACGGUUAACUUCAUACGUAUCAAUGAUGACUGUUACAUUUGUAAUAGCUUAUAUUAUAAUUUUACUUUGGAUUGAUAUGAAUUUAUUAGAAGUAAAAUCAAAUAUAAAUAAGCAUAAUGCGAAUUCAGAAGUGUCAUCAUAUAAUUAUGAGCUUAUGGAUGAUAUAAUUGAACCUGACGACAUACCUGAUUUGGAAACCGUAUUUGAAGAUAUCUCUAUUACUAAUGAGUUCAAAAUUGAGCAUCAAGCAUUUAUGGAAUUUUCAGAAGCAGGAAAUGAAAAUACUAUUGAAAAUGAAGAAUUUCGUAACUGUACAACAGUUGAACAAGGGGAAGAAGUUAAAGAACAAGAAAUGGAUGUUAUAUCCUUAUCAUCAAGCACAUUAAGUGACUUUGACGUAAUAACUGAAGAAGAAAUAGAUUUACUUAAAAAUCAUUUAAUACCACCGUAAAUUGAACGAUUGAUCUCAAAUUUGUAUUAAAAAUAGUCAAAAACAUAACAGUGUCAUUUUAUAAUCAAAUUUCUGUUAUUUAUCAAAUUAAAACUAAUUUUUUGGCUUUCACACAAAACUGAUUUCUAACUUGAAAUAUUUUGUUACUUUUAAACCAUAUUAUAAGAAUUGUACCUAUCUUAAUGCUUAUAAUAAUUUUGGAGAGGUUUUGUUUUUUACUUUCAAAAUAUGUCGACAUAGCUAAUAAGCCUAUGCUAUUUAUUUAUUGAAAUAAUAAAAAACAAUAUUUUUUUUUACAUAAUUUUUCUAAAUUUUAAAUUAUCUUAACAAUUGAGUAUAGUAUUUUAUGUUGUCUUAUUAAGUAUAUAUUAUAGUAUAUUAGAUUAAAUAUUUUUAUUUUUCGUAUUGCCAAACAAAAUUACAACAUGCUUGUGAAGUUAGAUUUAUAUUUAGAUUCUAUUUUUAUCUUAGUUUUAUUAUGUUUUCAUACAUUAUACACUUGUUAUAUACUUAUGUAUUUCAUACUUGAAAAAUAUUUAUUUUUAACUAAAAUUUGAAAAAUCAAAUUUAUUAAUGAAUUAUAUUGAACAUUGUAAAUCAAUGGUCAUUAUUUUUAUUAUUAUUAUUUUUUUUUUUGGUUAUUUUAUUAUGCAAGUUAACAUUUAUGUUAAACACCUAUAAACAAGACAUUAACAUUAAAUAUUUUAAGACAGACAGUGACAUAAUUAUGUGGGGUUUUGUAGAUGUACAUUUUCCCUUAAAACCUAUUUUAAUUUUAUUUUGUUAACUUGUUUUUAGUUUAUAAUAUUUCUAAUUUUGAUUAUUUUGGUGUGAAAAUGAAAAUCGGUACAUGUCCUGUUAAGUGUUAAUUUUAUAUCACCCGUUAAGGUGCAUGCCAUUAGGUAAAGAUAUUGUAUUAAAUAUAUUAAUAUUUCGAUUCUUUUAUUUGAGAUUACCCAGUGAAUUUUGGAAAUGUAGUAUGAUAAGAAUGAUAUAUUAAUGCAUAUUAUUAUAAAAAAUAAUAAAUACUAUGACUAUGAGCAAUGGCAAGGUAUGUCUUUAGGUAGGAGACAUUGAAAAAAUAUCUUAUCAUUAUUGAUAUUUAUAUUUAGUCAAUAUCAUAGUACUGUAAAUAAACAAACCAACCACAAUUACAAGUUUGCAUUGGUCAAUAACUGAGUUAAUAAUGACUUUUCAAAAAUAAAAUAAAACAUAAAUAAUAAAUAUGAAUA